AUGCAGGCAGUAAAAAACACCAUUGCCGAGAAUUUCGGUAAAGUCGUCUCAGGCGCCCAUGACCUCGCACCCGCAGACCAGCAGUUCUCCCUUGAGGAAGUGCCAGAUCUCACUGGCAAGGUGGCCGUUGUAACUGGUGGUUCUGAAGGUAUCGGCUAUGGAUGCACGCACACGCUUCUGUCGAACAAUAUCAAGAAGCUAUUCAUCAUAUCGUGGAGCGAAGACAUCAUUGAGGAUGCGCUGAAGGCGAUCAAGGAAGAGAUGGGAGAGGACAAAGCCAGCAGAGUCGAAUGGCUAAAGUGCGAUCUCGCCGACUGGGAACAGACGGGCAAAACUGUGUUGGAGAUUGCUCAGAAGACAGACAGGAUCGACAUCUUGAUCAACAACGCUGCUCGCGGUAUCAUGACAUACCAACUGGCCAAGAACGGUAUCGAUCUACACAUGGCUUCUAACCACUUCGGCCACGUCGUCCUGACUUCUCACUUGCUACCCUUGCUCAAAUCCACUGCCGAGAAGGGCGACAAGGUUCGGAUAGUACAGCUAGGGUCCAACGCACACGAGAACGCACCGAAAGACACCAAAUUCGAGUCCAUCGAUGAGCUCAACACAGACCUUGGCCCAAUGGCACAAUACGGCCGCACAAAGCUCGCUACCAUCCUGUACGCGCGCUAUCUAGCCCGUCACCUAUCAUCCUCCCACCCCAACAUCCUGUCCAAUGUCACACACCCCGGUUUCGUCGAGACACGGCAGUCAGUCGACCACAUCCACGAAGCCUACCCGCUCGGUGGCUAUGGAAUGAGCUACGGCCUCGCACCAUUCAAGAAGACACAGUUUGAAGGCGCAGUGAGCACCAUGUUUGCGGCGACCAAGACAGAGGGUACAGGCGAGUACAUUUGUCCGCCCGCGAUACGGGAGCCGGGUAGUGACCUGGCGAAUAAUGAGAAAUUGGGCGAGCAGCUGAUGGAUCUCACAUGGAAGGUUGUCAAGGAAAAGACGAAAAGUUCAAGCGCCGAUAAAGGUUGCCCAUUCAAGUUAUAUUAG